GCAUCCCUAUCCUUAACCCUCAUGUGCUUAAUCAAAUAAACCAAGCCAUUCUAGGGGCUUUUCCCAGUAAGGAUUCAAUUGCAUCUUAUUUAUGUGAAGACUGGAAUGGUUAUGUUUUAGAAGCAAAUCCAGGUCCUGGUUUGCUUUCGAAAGCUAUUUUGGAGACUGGAGUUUCACAUUUGCGUGUAUUUGAGAAAAAUGUAGAUUUAUUUCCUACAUUAGAGAUUUUGUCAAAUACUUACUCUAAUUUUGAAAUUAUUAAGGAAAAUCUGAUGCUUUUGCCUUCUUUAGAUGCCCGUAUGCCAUAUGAUGAAUCUAAUGAAUAUGAAAAAUUCUUUAAAGGAAUUCCAAACUGUUCUUAUAGUAAUGGUGUUCCAUUUCGACUUUUUUCUAUAAUAUCAAAUAAAAGGGGUAUUAAGUUUCUGCGGUACUUACUUACUGCUUUACCUGCACAGUCUUCGUUGUUUUCAUAUGGACGUUGUGAAUUAUUUCUGAUGUUGUCUAAAGCAGAGUAUCAGUGCAUGCAAGCAGAACCCAAAGAAAACUUCUCUAUGUAUCGAUGGUCAACUGUUUUAUACAGUCUCUUUUUUGAAAUCAAAUGCCUUAAGAAGUUUAGUUCUGAAUCAUUUUUUCCAUCGCCUGUGUAUAGAAAAGCAAAGAAGAUGCGUGAUCUGCAGCACUUUUACCUUGUAAAACUUACACCUGUAUCUGAUCUUCCUGAAUUAGUCACUGACAAUAAUAAACUUCUUGAAUUCUACUAUUUUGUUCGCAAUCAUUUUGGUAAAAGGACAGCCUUUGUUAUUCCCACUAUGGAGAAAUGGAUACCUUUUUGUGGACCAAGAUUAAUAAAAGAAGGUAUGAAUGUGUUCACCAGAUUUGGAGACCUGAAUCCAAAACAGAUCCUCAUGCUUUUUAACCAGUUUUCUUCCUGGCCUGAAUAUGAAGAUUCCUCAUUUCACACUGCUUUUCAGAAAUAUAAUAAAAAACUUGCAUCUGAUAAAGAUUAAUGAAAUUUCAAAUGACAAUAUAUACUGAGAGAAUGUAAUAUUAAUUCUGGAAAGAUAGUGUGUUGGAUAAAAAAUAUGUAAUUUAUUUUCUGAAAUAUUUAUUAUAUUAUUUAUGGCAAUAUUAUCCUCAAAAGUUCAUUUCUUAUAUUGAUACAAUGUAAUAUUUUCCCAAAGUUUCUCAUUUUGUAAACUCAUUAUUUGUGUGAUCAUGAGAAUUCAUUGAAAAUUGAACAUUUUGAAUUGUAAAUAAGUAUUUAAAUCUGCACUUGUUUUCAUUUUAUUCAAAUUCAUUAUGGAUGAAGUUAAAAUGGAAGAUAAUUUCAAUAAACAAAAAAAAAUUUUUGGACAUGGUUUGAGAUCCUAGUAAUGAUAUAAUCAAGUUAAACAUGAAAGCAGUUCAGGAGUCAUUUCGAACUAGUGAAAACAACAAUAAAAGAGUGCAAAAUAUUUGA